AUGGCUAUCCCUUUAGUUAGCGGCCCUUCCGGCGCCAUUUUGCUUGCACCGGAAAAGCCGUUGAUGGCUCAGACCAUCAGCUUCUACUCGCAAUUGACGGGUUUUUCCGUCGUUGCCCAAACCGACUCGAGCGCAACUUUGGCUGGGAAAGACGGCGCCAGCCUUAGAAUCGAACUCGGUGAUACCAAACUGGCAGACCAAAUUGCAGAAUCGAUUUCCCGUUGGUCUACCGAGCUUCAGACCCGCGAUUGGCGUUCCGUGGCACCCCACUUAACCUUAUGCGUUUCUGAGUUCCUGGAAUUAGUCUCCCGUUUGCAAAGCUUCAAGUACCCGGUGCAGCUCUACCCAAACGACUUGUAUCCAACUGAAGCAUACACCGUCGACCCUUUGGGCCACGUGGUUGGCUUCACCACUGCUAAGAACCCAAUGUCCAUUAAUCCUCCAGUUGAGAAAUUCACUCACGGCCAUGAAAUUGCCCCUCUGAUGUCCACUACUGUACUGGAGAAAAGAGCCACUGCUCCAGGCGCGACCCAGCGCCGUAAUAUCGCUGUCAUGACCUCUGGUGGAGAUGCUCCGGGAAUGAACGCAUGUGUUCGUGCUGUCGUCCGGGCCGCUAUUUUCCGUGGCUGCAGAGCGUUCGCCGUGAUGGAAGGUUACGAAGGGUUGGUGCGUGGUGGCCCCGAGAACAUUCGUGAAAUGAGCUGGCAGGAUGUGCGUGGCUUCUUGUCUGAAGGUGGUACAAACAUUGGUACUGCGCGGUGCAUGGCAUUCAAAGAGCGGGCGGGUCGUUUGGCCGGAUGUAAACACAUGGUCGAAGCCGGAAUCGACGCUCUUAUUGUCUGUGGUGGUGACGGUUCUUUGACCGGUGCCGAUUUGUUCCGUUCUGAGUGGCCCUCUCUCAUCGAGGAGUUGAGGGAGAAGAAGGAGAUUACUGCGGAGCAAUACGAAAAACACAAGCACUUGAACAUUUGCGGUACUGUGGGAUCGAUCGACAAUGAUAUGGCCACCACUGAUGCAACCAUUGGUGCAUACUCAUCGUUGGACCGUAUCUGUAAAGCUGUGGACUAUAUUGAUGCCACCGCAAACUCUCACUCCCGUGCUUUUGUCAUUGAGGUUAUGGGCCGUCAUUGCGGUUGGUUGGCAUUGAUGGCUGGUAUUGCCUGCAGCGCUGAUUACAUUUUGAUUCCAGAGAAACCCCUGUCUUCUAAAGACUGGCAAGAUCAAAUGUGCGACAUUGUGUCAAAGCACCGUGCUAAGGGAAAGCGGAAGACCAUUGUCAUUGUGGCUGAAGGUGCCAUCACAAACGACUUGGCCCCAAUUAGUGCGAAAGAAGUGAAGGAUGUCUUGGUGGACCGUUUGCACUUGGAUACACGUGUCACUACUUUGGGCCAUGUGCAACGUGGUGGUACUGCUGUGGCUUACGACAGAGUGUUGGCCACAUUGCAAGGUGUUGAAGCCGUGAAGGCUGUCUUGGAGUCAACUCCAGAAACGCCGUCGCCUUUGAUUGGUAUCACUGAAAACAAGAUUGUCCGCUUGUCGUUAGUGGAUGCUGUCCGUAUCACCAAGUCUGUGGCUCUGGCUAUCGAGUCCAAGGACUUUGCUAAGGCCAUGUCUAUGCGUGACUCGGAAUUUGUUGAGCAUUUGCACAAUUUCAUGGCAAUUAACUCCGCCAACCAUGAAGAGCCAACGCUCCCACAAGAAAAGCGCAAGCGCAUUGCCAUCAUCAAUGUCGGUGCUCCAGCGGGUGGUAUGAAUAGUGCUGUGUAUGCCAUGGCCACCUACUGCAUGUCGCGUGGACACACGCCGUACGCUAUUCACAACGGUUUCUCCGGUUUGGCCCGUCAUGAAUCUGUGCGUUCAAUUGAUUGGUUGACCAUUGAAGGCUGGACCUCUGUUGGUGGUUCCGAAAUUGGUACCAACAGAGCUACCCCUCAGGAUACUGAUAUAGGCAUGAUCGCUUACUACUUUGAGAAAUACCAGUUCGAUGGUUUGAUUCUUGUUGGUGGUUUUGAGGCGUUUGCAUCCUUGGACCAGUUGGAGAAAGCGCGUUCCAUGUAUCCAAGCUUCCGUAUUCCAAUGGUCUUGAUCCCGGCGACUAUCUCCAACAAUGUUCCAGGUACUGAGUACUCGUUGGGCUCCGACACGUGUUUGAACUCCUUGAUGGAGUACUGUGAUGUUGUCAAGCAGUCUGCAUCUGCCACCAGAGACCGUGCAUUCGUGAUUGAAGUCCAGGGUGGUAACUCGGGCUACAUUGCUACAUAUGCCUCUUUGGCAUGUGGUGCCCAGGCGUCCUAUGUUCCUGAAGAGGGCAUUGAUUUGGCCCAACUUGAGCUCGAUGUCAGACAUUUGAAAGAAGCGUUUGCUACGGAGAAAGGAAUGUCUAAGAGCGGUAAGUUGAUUUUGAAAAGUACCAACGCCUCUAAAGUGUUGACAGCCGAGGUUUUGGCUAACAUCAUGAAGCUGGAGGCCAAUGGUGAGUUCGAUGCCAAGACUGCCAUUCCAGGCCACGUGCAACAAGGUGGCUUGCCUUCGCCUAUAGACAGAACUAGAGGUACUAGAUUUGCUGUCAAGGCAGUCCAAUUCAUUGAAAAUGUGUACGAUGACAUUGCUCCAUACCAUGAUGCGCUUGAUUUCCCAAUUGAUGACAAGAAGGUCAUAAAUACUGCCGCUGUCUUGGGAAUCAAAUCGUCUCACUUGACCUUCUCCUCCAUUAGACAGUUAUACGACUUUGAGACUGAGACCGAAAGCAGAAUGCCAAAGAAAAUUUCGUGGUCUACUGUGAGAGAUAUUUGUGACCAGUUGGUGGGCAGAACUAAGCUUGCCGCAAAGUAA